UAGAAUCUGCAAGAGAACAAAACCAGAAAAAGAGAGAUGAAAGAAGAAACCUGUAGGAGUAAUUUAGCUCCUCUGCAUACAUUAUAAAUAUAAACCACUUUCAAGAACAUUUAUGUAAUGACAGCUUUUCCAGCACACAACUGUCUGUUAUGGGCAGCUAUGCACUAGCACAGUAUUUCUGCAGAAUGGACAGAAUAACAUUACUGCCAAAGGGCAUAUAAAGGACAAUGCUACAAACACGCUCCCCAAAAUUCUCUCAGAACAUAUUAUGCCACUCAUAGGCUUACUAUUACCAAAGACAUGACAAGUUAUACUAUAGGCUGGUAUGGUCCUAAAUCGAAGUUGGAUUUUGUUCUGUAUGCUAGAAAUAGAUAUAAUACCAAGUACAUUGGAAAUACUAUAAAACAGCUCAUCAGAAUGUUUUCUGAUCUUCCACAUGGAGCUUGUCUCUCCAGACUAUGUUUUUUAACUGUCAUGGGUUUUGGAACAACAUUCCCAACAACAUGAGCUGAAGAAAACAUCCGUAAACAGGAAGCAUUGGUUGUGAAAAGGAACUAAGAGAAGAUGGAAGGACAUGAAAGAGAAGAAAGUCAGCCAAGCCUCUAAAAAUGGGAACAAAGGCACUGCAUGUUUCCAAACAAAUACUUCAGUAAGCAAGGCUGUUUUGUUUCUUCUACGAAGACAACGAUGAUAAAAGAAGUUGAUUGUGUACUACUUGGACAUCCAGUACCUGAAGGAACUUAAACUUGUAAGGGAUGUAUUCCAGGCCAACCCUGUGUCCCAGUCCAACGUUUAAGAAAAUGUGGUGUAACUUCAGGACAUAGGAUCAUAGAGUCGUUUGGGUUGGAAAGGACCUCAAGAUCAUACAGUUCCAAGCUCCCUGCCAUGGGCAGGGGCACCUCAACCUAGACCAUGUCACCCAAGGCUCUGUCCAACAUUUGCCAAGUACAGCAAUCAAGUAAAUUCAGGCAGUUGACUUACUGCUGGAAAGCAGCUCUUCAGUUCUGGUUAUUCUGAUACCUUCACAGUGUAUCAGGUAUGUGUUUUCUUUCCUUAUUUUCCUCCAGGAGUCAGUGCUGCAGAAGAACCCAAUCUGGGACUUGUGCUGGGUUGCAGAACACCAAGCUCCAGUUGCCAAAAAGAAUUCGUCAGUGAGAAGGAAAAUGCAAUUUGUCAUAAAUGACUUACACCAGUCACCAAAUGCUUCAGAUAAAUGAAAAGGAACACUACAAGAAGCAAAUACAACAGGUUUUCUUCCACAGUUUAUAAAGGCACUCUUGGGGAAGCCCGUUUUAGAAAUCGAAGAGGAAUACUUGAAUUAGCUGGAGCCAUUAGAUGUACUACAGGUCGAUCUCCUUUUGCCUACUUACGCUACGGAUGCUACUGUGGUCUGGGAGGAAGAGGAUGGCCCAAAGACAGAGUAGACUGGUGCUGCUUUAACCAUGACUGCUGCUACGGCAAGGCAGAACAAGCAGGUUGUCACCCCAAGAUAGAAAGUUACCACUGGGAAUGUGAAGACAAUACUGCUGUGUGUGAAUCACUAGAAGACAAAUGUCAAAAAAUGGCAUGUGAAUGUGACCGUGAAGCUGCCAAAUGUUUUUCUAAAGCUCCCUAUCAUACAAAACACCUUUUAUGGCCAGACUUUAUGUGUGGUGAGAUUCAGCCUUUGUGUAGGUAUUAGAUAUAUGACAUCAGUCUUCAUGAAAUAAACUCUGUAUUUAAAUCUAAA